AUGGCUGCCGGAAUUGUAAGCUCAGGAAACUUAAGUGCUGCCGAUCUGGAACCGAUUGGUGCUUUUACGCUGGUGGUUCACCCCCCAGUUUCCAGUGCAAUCUGGACUGCCGAUGAAUCCAUAUCAUAUCACUAUCAAUUGAACGCAAAGUGUCAGGACUUUAUCACGCGGUAUCUCGGGAAGAGUCUCCUGAAUGCAGUUCCAGAUGAAUUAAACAACAUGAGAAGCGUCAAUCGCAAACUACUCGACCUGGCAUUCACUUACCCUUUUCUGAUGCACGCUUCUCUUGCCGUGGCAUUCACAUACGACCGGUAUCUCAACCGUCCCUUUGGCUGCCGUCGCAGCUUAGACGAAUGCUAUCACUGGUCUCGAGCCACGACCCUUCUUAACAGACGGCUAGCACAGCCGAUCAGCGCGACUUCAAGAGACAAAGACGCGAUCUGGGGCACUGCUACCGCUCUGGCCAUCCUCUCCUUCGCGUCGCCCGACGCGCGCACGCCAGAAGAGUCCUGGCCCCUGAGACGCUCUGCUGACCGGUCGGACCUGGACUGGCUAUGUAUGAGCAGUGGUAAAAUGGCACUGUGGGACUCUGUCAACCCGCUAAGACCGGACAGUCUAUUCCAUGUGAUGGAAGCAACCUUUGCGCAGAUAAAUGCGCCCUUACCCGAGCGUGGCAUUGACGGUAUACCAGACCCCUUGGCUGGCGUCUGCAGUCUGAACAGCGCGACGACGGCCCAAGAUAAUCCAUACUUUGAGGCCGCUCACGCGGUAUCAGCCAUCCUGGACAUUCCGGACAGCAUAGUUACGACUGGAAAGACUCAGCUCUUUACGCGCUGCAUUCAGGGGCCCUUUGAAGACUUGCUCCGGUAUCACAACCCAGUCGCGCUGUUGCUGCUGUAUUUGUGGUAUGGCAAAGCGAGCUGCGUAUGGUGGAUUGAGCUUAGGGCUAGAGUGGAACGUCCGGCUAUCUGCGAGUACCUGCGCAGAUUCCAUCGAGGCGAUGCUGCAGUACAGGCGUUCCUUCCAUGA